AUGGAGAAGGUGAUGAACAUUCUGAAACCGAAGCCAAAUCCUCAGCAAAUAUUGAGAGAUUGGCAACGGAGGCUUCGCCAAGAGUGUCGAAACAUUGAGCGUCAAAUUCGCGAUAUUGAGAGAGAGGAAAAAACUGUGCAGAAGGCUAUUAAAGAAGCUGCCAAGAGGAAUGACAUGGGCUCUGCAAAGGCACUUGCUACGGAAAUUGUGAGAUCGAGGAAAACAGUGAACCGGCUUCAUGAAAAUAAAGCGCAAUUGAAUUCAAUAUCAAUGCACCUUGGUGAAAGUGUUGCAAUUUCUCGUACUGUGGGACAUCUAUCCAAGAGUGCUGAGGUUAUGAAGCUUGUCAAUAACCUCAUGAAGGCUCCUGAAAUGGCUGUGGCUAUGCAAGAGUUCAGCAAAGAAAUGACAAAGGCAGGAGUCAUUGAAGAGAUAGUAAACGAUGCUGUUGACUCGGCAUUAGAUUCUGAGGACAUAGAAGAUGAGAUAGAAGAAGAAGUUGACAAAGUCUUAACCGCAAUAGCUGGUGAGACAGCCGCACAACUUCCUGAAGCUGCGAGGAAACAAAAGGUGAAACAACCUGGUCAAAGUGUUGGGGCUGCAGAGGAGGAAGAGGCUAUAGCUGAGGGUGUUGAUGAUGAGGAGGAAAUGGAAGAAAUUAGGGCCAGAUUAGCUAAAGUCAGGUCAUAA